AUGGCAGCUUGCUUGAGGAGUCUCGCGUCCUCGGGGAAAACUGUGAUUACAAGACACUUUCUGCAUCAAAACAGCCUGCUCUGGCGGCUCCUCACAGCGGCUCCUCACAGACAGGUGGCGGUGCAGGCAGCGCAGUGUGUGGCUUUGAACGUUCCUCAAACUAAAGUGACGACUUUAGAGAACGGCCUCCGCGUGGCGUCUGAAGACUCGGGCCUCCCUACCUGUACUGUCGGCCUUUGGAUUGACGCUGGAAGUCGCUAUGAAAAUCAGAGAAAUAACGGAACGGCACAUUUUCUGGAGCACAUGGCAUUCAAGGGCACGAGGAAGCGCUCUCAGCUGGACCUGGAGCUGGAGAUAGAAAACAUGGGAGCUCACUUAAACGCCUAUACGUCCCGAGAGCAGACAGUGUACUACGCAAAGGCUUUCUCCAAAGACUUGCCCAGAGCGGUGGAGAUCCUGGCUGACAUCAUCCAGAACAGCACUCUGGGGGAGGCGGAGAUCGAGCGGGAGAGGGGUGUGAUCCUGCGGGAGAUGCAGGAGGUGGAGACCAACCUACAGGAGGUGGUGUUCGACUACCUCCACGCCACGGCCUACCAGACCACCGCGUUGGGACGGACCAUCCUGGGCCCUUCUGAUAACAUCAAAACUAUAAACCGAGGCGACCUGGUGGAGUACAUCACCACUCACUACAAAGGCCCCAGGAUUGUCCUGGCUGCAGCCGGAGGAGUGUCCCACAGUGAACUCAUAGACUUGGCCAAGUAUCACUUUGGGAAACUCCCGGGUCGAUAUGUGGGAGACGCCCCUGCUCUGCCGGAGUGCACCUUCACCGGCAGCGAGAUCCGGGUACGGGAUGAUAAGAUGCCACUGGCUCACAUCGCUCUGGCUGUGGAGGCGGUGGGUUGGUCUCACCCCGACACCAUUCCCCUCAUGGUAGCCAACACGCUUAUCGGCAACUGGGACCGUUCCUUUGGAGGAGGAGUGAACCUGUCCAGCCAGCUGGCUCAGAUGUCCUGUCAGGGAAACCUGUGCCACAGCUUCCAGUCCUUCAACACCUGCUACACCGACACAGGCCUAUGGGGGCUCUACAUGGUGUGUGAGCCGGGGACCAUUGCCGACAUGAUGCACUACACUCAGAUGGAAUGGAUGUCCCUGUGCACCAGCGUGACGGAAGCUGAAGUGGCCAGGUCCAAGAACCUGCUGAAGACCAACAUGCUGCUGCACCUGGACGGCUCCACCCCAAUUUGUGAGGACAUCGGCCGACAGAUGCUCUGCUACAGCCGCAGGAUCCCUUUGCACGAGCUAGAGGCCCGCAUUGAUGCCAUCGACGCCACAACCAUCAAAGACGUUUGUACCAAAUACAUCUACAACAAGGCUCCAGCCAUCGCUGCAGUCGGUCCCAUUGAACAACUGCCAGACUACAAUCAGAUCCGCAGCGGCUUGUUCUGGAUGAGAAGUUAA